UGUUUCUCUAUUCCAUAUUCCGUAUUUUCAUGUACACAGAACGGGCCAAAUUUGUUUCAUUUUCAUGAAACUCGUCAUCAUCGGCGUCACUCAACCUUUUAUCAAGUCAAUUCAAUUCUGUUUUGAUUGAUGGGAGGCAUGAAGCGCAACAGGAAAGAUGAUAAAAGAAGCAAGAGAAAGAAGAAAGACGAGGAAGAAAGCUAUGUGGAUGAUCCAGCAGAUGGGAAUGAUGAUGAGGGAGUUCCAGGAGCCGCAAAAAAGAACGUAGAAACAGCUGAUGACGGUGUCCUUGAAGAUGAGUUUGGAGCCAAAGAUUAUAGGGCACAGAUGGCCUUGAAACCAGAUCAUUCCUCUAGACCACUAUGGGUGGCACCGAAUGGUCACAUAUUCUUGGAAUCGUUUUCGCCAGUCUAUAAGCAUGCUCACGAUUUUCUCAUCGCCAUUUCAGAGCCUGUGUGCCGACCGGAAUUCAUACAUGAGUACAAAUUGACGGCUUAUUCGCUGUAUGCGGCUGUGAGUGUGGGGCUGGAGACCCACGACAUCAUUGAGUAUUUGAAAAGACUGAGCAAAACCAGUGUGCCCGAGGGUAUAGUCGAGUUUAUAAGGCUGUGUACGUUGUCAUAUGGCAAGGUGAAACUAGUGUUGAAACACAACAAGUAUUUCGUGGAGUCUCCGUUUCCGGACGUUCUGCAGAAACUGCUGAAGGAUCCAGUUGUACAGGAGUGCAGGCUGAGGAGGAAUGUGGACAAGGAGGCCGCUCCACUCACCACACAAAUUAUGGACAAGAAAGGGAUACCACAGUUCAAAAGCAGUCAACAGCAGCAGCAGCAGCAGACAAGUGAGGUGGGAGAAGGAGGUGAGGGGGCGACAGAGACGGCGACUGUGCCGGAUGACAUCACCGACUUCUACGACAAACUGGACAAGGCCGAUGAGGACGAGGAUGAGGAGGCAGCCCUUAAGACGGUGUCGUUUGAGGUCAAUCAGGAGAAAAUCGAAGUGCUGCAGAAGCGGUGCAUUGAGCUGGAACACCCGCUGCUGGCCGAGUACGACUUCCGCAACGAUACGGUCAACCCGGACAUCAACAUAGACCUGCGCCCGGCCGCCGUUCUGCGCCCCUACCAGGAGAAGAGUCUCCGCAAGAUGUUUGGCAACGGGCGCGCGCGGUCAGGUGUUAUUGUGCUGCCCUGCGGUGCGGGUAAAAGUCUGGUAGGCGUGACAGCUUGCUGUACAGUCCGCAAGAGAGCGCUAGUGCUGUGCAACUCAGGUGUGUCUGUGGAACAGUGGAAGCAACAGUUCAAGACCUGGUCAACGGCCGAUGACAGCAUUAUUUGCAGAUUCACGUCAGAGGCAAAGGAUCGCCCAGCCGGGUGCGGCGUGUUAAUUACCACUUACUCGAUGAUCACACACACACAGAAGCGGUCUUGGGAAGCCGAGCAGACUAUGCGCUGGCUGCAAGAACAGGAAUGGGGCAUCAUGGUCCUCGAUGAAGUGCACACAAUCCCAGCGAAAAUGUUCCGUCGUGUGUUGACCAUAGUUCAGUCGCACUGCAAGCUGGGUCUGACGGCCACGCUACUCAGAGAGGACGACAAAAUCGCCGAUCUGAACUUCCUGAUUGGUCCUAAGCUGUACGAGGCCAACUGGCUGGAGCUGCAACGGCGGGGCUACAUCGCACGCGUCCAGUGCGCCGAGGUCUGGUGUCCCAUGACGCCCGAGUUCUAUCGCGAGUACCUCUUGUGCCGAACAUGCAAGAAAUUGCUGCUUUACGUGAUGAACCCAAACAAGUUUCGCGCCACCCAGUUCCUGAUUCGCUACCACGAGCGUCGCGGCGAUAAGACCAUUGUGUUCUCUGACAAUGUGUUCGCUCUGAAGCACUACGCCCUCAAGAUGGGCAAGCCCUACAUCCAUGGCCCCACCUCCCAGGUCGAACGUAUACAGAUCCUGCAGAACUUCAAGUUCAAUCCCAAGGUGAACACAAUCUUUGUGAGUAAGGUGGCCGACACUUCGUUCGAUCUGCCCGAGGCGAAUGUGCUGAUUCAGAUUUCGUCGCACGGCGGCUCGCGUCGCCAGGAGGCGCAACGGCUGGGGCGUAUUCUGCGUGCCAAGAAGGGCGCCAUCGCCGAAGAGUACAAUGCCUUCUUCUACACACUCGUGUCGCAGGACACCAUGGAGAUGGGCUACAGUCGCAAGAGGCAGCGCUUCUUGGUCAACCAGGGAUACUCCUAUAAGGUGAUAACCAAACUAGCUGGAAUGGAGGAAGAGGCUGAACUGAUGUACAAAACACGUGAGGAGCAGGGUCAGCUAUUACAACAGGUGCUGGCUGCCAGCGAUAUGGACGCAGAUGAAGAGCGCAUGCCCGGUGAAGGGGUGGGGCUUUCGGGGGCGAGAGGGGGAGGGUCGUCGCGACGUGCCGGCAAUAUGGCGUCGAUGUCGGGGGCUGACGACGCCGUUUACUUUGAGUAUCGCCGUAACUCCAAUGUCAAGCAUCCUUUAUUCAAGAAGUUUAGGGGGUGAUCGGAUAGGUAGACUUCUGAAUUUGUUAUUCUUGAACCUGGUAAUGCCUCCAAUGUCAAGCCUCUUUAAAAGUUUAGGGGUUGAUACAGCUUAGGAUUUUGUUUUCCUGGUGAAACCUUCAAUGUAAAACAUCCCCCUUUAAGAAGUUGAGAGGCUGAGUUUAGGAGUGAUACAGUGCAGGUCUCUGAUGUUAUUAUAUUUCUUGAGCUUGGUAAGGUUUAAUCUUACUACUUACCUUAAGAUCACGCUCACACUGUUUACAAAUAUCCAUUGUAAGCAAACUUAUACAAGGUCUUUCACUUUUUUUAUUGUGGAUGAUGCCCACAUGAGCUUUUUGCUUCUGUGUGGGUGAUGGGAAGUGCGAGAGUGAUUUGAUGAGAUGUUCAAACGUCCAUGCCUAUUCGAUGGGAUUCAGCGAGAUUCGAACCCACGACCAGGUAGUACUUGCAGGGUACAACGCCUUAGUAUUAUGGCCCCACGUUGGGCCAUCACGUUGGAUUUUCCACUAUUCACGCUCCGUCUGGUUAGUCCAAUAUCCCCACUCACGUUCCAAAUCAAACCUGACUAGGCGGCUGACUUUGAGGUCGGACAAGUCAGUAGAACAGUUCACCAGACUUGUCCGACUCGUCUGGCAGCAUUUGCCCCGCCCACAACAACCUCAUUCACGGUCCGACUUGAAUUAAUGGACCUCAAGUUGGACAAAAUAUAAAUUAGUAAAUGGCCCGCUGUACCAUUCGUACGAGUUGUGUGUUUACACUUGAUGUAUUCCUUGAUGCUCACACUACAUACAAGUAUAAUCCGUACGAAAACGUAUGUCACACACCGUACGAGUUGAGUGCUUAUACUUUGAGCAUUUCUCUAUCAAGAAGUAAAAAUGUUUAUUGAGAUUCAUUUCUGUCAGUAUUCCUAUCAAAUUACACAAAUGAUUCCACUAAAUCAAUCGAAUGCUGGCAUUUGAAGUGGUUCUCACUUGGCUACUAACGUACGAAUUUAUUACUUCUAUUGUAUCUGAUCGUAUGAAUUUAAUGCUCAAGCCUGAUUCGAUUCUCUAUCAAAAAUGUCUUGAAAUACUUCAUCAAGUUAGUUCAAUCUGGAAACCCCUUUACGAAGGGCCAUUCAUUCUUUAUUUCUAUAAGAAAGCAGAUCAUUCAUGUGAUCAGGAGAGAAGAAUAAGGAUAAGAUUCCAACCAUUAUUUCAAUGAAGUGAUUUCAUUUGUCUCCAAUGACUCUAUCAUUGGUUUUAGUGUUAUUGGUUCCGUCAGAUAAUAUAAUUUUACGGCGGUUAAAUUUGAUUGGAUCCUCGUGCAACUUGCUAUUGCAUUUCUUUAUAAUAUGUAAAUUAUUCAGGAAUAUUAUGUUGAUUAUUGCAUUUCUGUAUUUGUUUACUAAACUCAAGUGAACAUAAAUAUUGAUCAUUUUCUUCACUUUGCAAUCAUAAUUGCUUUUAUUUGUUUCUUUUGUAUUUUUCUUGUCAAUCACUUUG